ACAGCACAAUGGGUUGUAAAAACCUCCUCGGCCUGGGUCACCAGAUGCUGCGGCGGAAAGUGGUAGACUGCAGUCGGGAAGAGAGCCGGCUGUCUCGCUGUCUGAACACCUUCGACCUGGUGGCUCUAGGGGUGGGCAGCACCCUGGGAGCUGGUGUCUAUGUCCUGGCUGGUGCUGUGGCCCGUGAGGAUGCUGGUCCUGCCAUCGUUAUCUCCUUCCUGAUUGCUGCAUUGGCCUCUGUGCUGGCUGGCCUGUGCUAUGGCGAGUUUGGUGCUCGUGUCCCCAAAACCGGCUCAGCCUACCUGUAUAGCUAUGUGACAGUGGGGGAGCUCUGGGCCUUCAUCACCGGCUGGAACCUGAUCCUGUCCUAUAUCAUUGGUACUUCAAGUGUGGCCAGAGCCUGGAGUGCGACUUUUGAUGAGCUGAUAGGCAAACCUAUUGGGGAGUUCUCACGGAAACACAUGGCCCUGAAUGCCCCUGGGAUCCUGGCCCAAAACCCUGACAUAUUUUCUGUGAUUAUAAUUCUCAUCUUAACAGGACUUUUAACUCUUGGUGUGAAAGAAUCAGCCAUGGUCAACAAAAUAUUCACUUGUAUCAACGUUCUGGUCCUGGGCUUUAUAGUGGUGUCAGGAUUUGUGAAAGGAUCCAUUGGAAACUGGCAGCUCACGGAGGAUUCCUGGAAUAAAUCCAGCUCUCACUGUGGGAACAAUGACACAAGCAUGAACCAUGGUGAGGGAGGAUUCAUGCCCUUUGGGUUCUCUGGUGUCCUGUCAGGGGCAGCAACCUGCUUCUAUGCGUUUGUGGGUUUUGACUGCAUUGCCACCACAGGUGAAGAAGUCAAGAACCCCCAGAAGGCCAUCCCCGUGGGCAUUGUUGCGUCCCUCCUCAUUUGCUUUGUGGCUUACUUCGGGGUGUCUGCUGCCCUCACACUCAUGAUGCCUUACUACUGCCUGGACACUGACAGCCCACUGCCCGAUGCUUUCAAGCGCGUGGGCUGGGAAGGUGCUAAAUACGCUGUGGCAGUUGGCUCCCUCUGUGCACUUUCUACCAGCCUUCUAGGCUCCAUGUUUCCUAUGCCCCGAGUCAUCUACGCCAUGGCUGAAGAUGGACUGCUGUUUAAAUUUUUGGCCAAAAUCAACGAUAGGACCAAAACACCAGUAAUUGCUACGCUAACUUCGGGUGCUAUUGCUGCUGUGAUGGCCUUCCUCUUUGACCUGAAGGACCUGGUGGACCUCAUGUCCAUUGGCACUCUCCUGGCGUACUCUUUGGUGGCUGCCUGUGUGUUGGUCUUACGGUACCAGCCAGAACAACCUAACUUGGUAUACCAGAUGGCCAGAACCACAGAUGAGCUAGAUCAAGUAGACCAGAAUGAAAUGGUGAGCGCCAGUGACUCCCAGACAGGCUUUUUACCAGAAGCAGAGAAAUUUUCUUUGAAAACUAUACUCUCACCCAAGAACAUGGAGCCCUCCAAAUUCUCAGGGCUAAUCGUGAACAUUUCAGCAGGCCUCCUAGCUGUUCUUAUCAUCACCGUGUGCAUUGUGGCUGUGCUUGGAAGAGACGCUCUGGCCAAAGGGGCACUGUGGUCAGUCUUUGUGGUCACAGGAUCAUUCCUCCUCUGCAUGCUAGUGACAGGUGUCAUCUGGAGGCAGCCUGAGAGCAAGACCAAGCUUUCAUUUAAGGUGCCCUUCCUCCCUGUGCUUCCCAUCCUGAGCAUCUUCGUCAACGUUUAUCUCAUGAUGCAGCUGGACCAGGGCACGUGGGUCCGGUUUGCAGUGUGGAUGUUGAUAGGCUUCGCCAUCUAUUUUGGUUAUGGACUGUGGCACAGCGAGGAGGCAUCACUGGCGGCUGGUCAGGCAAGGACUCCUGAUGGCAACUUGGACCAGUGCAAGUGACGUGCAGCCCCACCCACCACGGUGGCAGCAUUUGAGGGAUGAUGGUAGAGGCCUGGGGCCCUCAGUCUCUCUCCUCCCAUGCCGCAAGAACUGCUUACAUCCCCAAUGUCACCAAAGAUGCAGUGAGUUGACCUGCAGCCUCAGCCACAGCUGACAUGGCCUGGCCAGACUUAGCUCUGCAGCCAGCUCAUGAGGUUCUGGACAGCUCCUUGACCUGGGCCAUUAUUCAUGUAUCUCCUCACUUCCCUCUGAGCAAAGAAAGCAACCCCCCUCCCUGCCAGCUGGGCACCUUGCUGCUGUAGCAGAGAGGCCUCCCUUCUCUCCUUACUUGGGAUGCAAGCCUCCUUUCCUGGGACCACUCCGGUAUUACAAAUGUGCAUACUCCAGACCAUUAUUAAGUACCUCCCUGUCAGCCCAGGACAGCCAACUGACGACAGAUACAAGAUGAACAUCACAAGACAGCAUGUCCCCUGCAGUGCUACCCAACAGCCAAGCAACUGACUUCAGGAUACCUAAAAAGGAAGCACAGGCCCUUAUCUUCUGCUUCUUCUCUAGACUGCUUUCAGAAUGGAUUGGUAGGAAUGGGCCUCUGUCCACACAUCCUCUCCCAGCCACUGACACUGUGACAGACUCCAUCUCAGUAGAGAACAGGUGACUUAGAAGAUGGGAGGGGCUGAGUAGGAAUGAAAAUGUCAGGGUGGGGAAGGUUCACUCUGCUCACAAGUAGGCAUGUAUACCAGGGGACAUUUUCUAGGCCUGUGCUCUGCAGGCCUAUAUCAGUUCCUGCUCUUGGCACCUGUCUCUGCUUGGCUGGGUGUCCUGAGUAACUGGAACACGAGACUGUAUUAGUAGGUCUGAACUCUCAGUGGCAGGGUUUAGAACUCUGUUUUCUGUGGGUCUUUGCCAUUCUUUGUCAGUCUCUUGAGUCUUCUAAGGCUCUUAAGACAGGUGGCAGCUCAAUGUGGGGUGCUGAUGCUUGUGGCUGCUGACGUGGUCUGUGUGGCCUCUUAGGUAUAAUGAGCGCUGUGGAGUCCUGUUGACUACUGUGAAUCACUCCACCAAAUUAAGUUAGGGCUUAACGUUACCUUGGAAAAUAGCCAAAUAAUUGCUGCGUGCCAUCAGCUUGGGAUUCAAAGUGUGUGGUCUGCAUGUGAGAACAGCCUUUGGCUGUUCUUCUUGUGACCUCUGCCCUGCCCUGGACCUCGUGCUCCUCUCCUUUGCUUGCACUUCCCUUCCCUCACUCCCCUCAGCUCUGGAUGGGGCCUGGGGCCUGCACCAUUUCAUAUUAUGUGGACACAAGCCUCAGGAGAGACUGCUGAUGGAGCCUCACUUUCCCUAGAGCCGCUCAGAGCCAGCAGGCCCUGGUAUUGGGGUUGGGAAGGACAGCGUUUGAGACUGAUGCAAAUGCUGCUUUUGAAACUAAGUUAAUCAUUUCUUUCCCUUCUGACCUUUGAUACAAAGCUAGUAGAAAUAAGUUGGAUAAAUUGAUGGCACUUGUCUCCCCCCACCACUCUAAAAUGUUCUUGGAAAUGCAGGUUAGUGAAACUGGGCUGGUGUGUAGCACUUGCCUGGCAUACACAGGUCCUGGGUUUCAUCCCCAGCACUACAAAAAAUUGGAAAAUUAGUGAAAUAGUUUAAAGGCUGAAUCAGUUAGUGGAGGGCAGCUGGGAGGCCAAGAGCUGGGCCUUCAUACCAGACCCAGACCACCUUGCAGGAAGCUUUGUUCCAAAGGUCAUCUGGGAAUAUUUCAGAGAGUAUUAUAGGACCUCAAAGGUUGAGUUUCCAAAGAAAGGUAUUUAAAUUUAUGUAGAUUGGUGCUGUAAAAUAUUUUGAUAAAUAUUAACUUAUUUUAUUGGGGUUUUGGUCAUCUGUUAAUCGUCUUAGGACCUCUUAAUUGGAUUUUUCCUCUGUUAUUUUUCAGUGUAGACAGAACAGGAGAGAAAGAGGGUGCCCAAUGAAGCAUUGGGAGAAGUUUUUUUUAAUGUUGGUUUCUUUCUUGAGACAGGGUUUUGCUCUAGCUGGCCUAGUAGUCACUGUUGUAGCCCAGACCAGCCUUGAACUGGAAUUCCUGCCUCAGCUUCCUGCGUGCUAAGAUUAUAGACAUGAGCUACCACGCCCGCCUAACCUUAAUUUCUUUCUGGCUGAAAAUGCUCUGUAUGAGGCAGCACCCAACAGUGUGUUUACGGCUGACAUCAACUAGCAGCCUAUAUUCUACAAAGCAGAAAGGUGCAUUUUGGGGUUUGAUCCUCUGAUGUCUGUCCUGAGGAUAGCUGACAGUUGCAGAUCUGCCCUCCUCUUUUCACUGUGUGUGACACAGAAGCACACACAGGUCCUGGAGGUGGGCACCCUGCCCCCUCCUUGUUGGAGGAACUUCUAGUCAGGAAAGGACACCCAAGGUUGACUUGGUCACUUUGGUCAAGUUGAUUGGUCACUGUGCUUUUAGUAAGAGUAGAGUGUUGUGGACAGUUGCUGGGGGAUUUUCUUCUUGGUACAGGAGCAGUGACAUUCGUAAUGGUGUCUGGGUUGACCUCAUACUUCUAAUAUGCUUUUGCAUAUAUCCCCAGUUCCUUCUGAGAGAAAAA